UGUGUGUCUGCAGCCAGUGCCUUCCCAGAGAGAAACAAACAUGAAGAUCGUUAUCCUCGCCGUUCUGUCCGCCGUGGCCGCCGCCGCCCCCCAGAGCUACGGCGCCCCGCAGUCUCGCUCUGACGCCCAGCAGGUGCCCAUCCUCAGGGACGACCGCGUGAUCGAGGACGACGGAAGGUACAACUUCGACUUCGAGACCGGCAACGGCAUCGUCCUGUCCGAGUCUGGCUCUCCCGGUUCCGAGGGAGCCAUCAACAGCGCCGGUCGAUUCUCCUACACCGCACCCGACGGCACCCCAGUACAAGUCCAGUUCGUGGCUGACGAGAACGGCUUCCAGCCCCAGUCCGACCUCCUGCCCGUGGCUCCCGAGUUCCCCCACCCGAUCCCCGACUUCGUCCUCGAGCAGAUCGCCUUCGCCGCCGAGGAGGACGCCCGCAGGCCCAAGGACACCUCUGGAAGUUACAGCCAGUAAGAAUUCAAAACUGAUGAUAAAUGGUACAACUAUGACAUUCUUUAGCUCGGAUUUUUAUACGUAGGUGUUAUUUGUAUUUAUUUGCUUGUUGCUAAUAAAGCAUAUCGUAAGUAUUACGUGUCACACACUGUUCCGCGGACAGAUGUCGAAAAUAAAGGUAUAAUUUCAA